AUGGAGUCACCGCCUUUUUCAACACAUUCUGAGGCACCUCCUUUAAGUGAAGAUAGUGGUCUUAUAAUUACAAGUGGAUCGUUUUCUAGUGAUUCUGCCAGUGGAUGGCAUCACGUCGCAUCCGAGUUACAAGAAAGCGACUUCGAUGACAAAUCAUUGUCUCUUUGUGAAUCAACUGAAACAUCAGAACGCAUGUGUGGGGAUUUUUUUAAUACUGUGAAGAAAGGGCCUGGGAAAAUAAUACUUACAACUAUUGAACCACCACCAGAAUUUCAGGAUAGCCCCGCACCGGAUGACAUAGAGAAAUGUCCAACUGUCCACGUGCCUCCCACUGUCGUCUUUACCCAUGAUGCUACAGAUAAAGGCAAUACAUCAAACUUAGAUGUAGCCAUUAAUAUAAGACAUAUUUCACCUAUAUAUCCAAGAAAGUUGAAGCCAGAAACAUUGUAUGAAAGACGUCAAUGUUUGAAUCAUAGGUUCGCGAGUCCAAGACUUCUUCACUUGAGUCCGUGUCGUGUUAAUCGACCUUCGUCAAGGAAUUCGCUGUCAUCGAGAUUGUCCAGCAGCCACAACUCACUUGUGACUCAAUUCCAAGCUGACGAUUCCAGUUUCAUCACGCAAGCUAUCUCGCAUGAUACUCUGACUGCAAAAACCUCCGACAUUACUGAUAUGUACAAUGUUCCGUUCGAUAGCGAUAUUUACGCGGUACCUAUUGAUAUGGUGCGGCCUUGUCAGAGCAACAUAAGAAGUAAAGGGAAGAAACCACCUCGAAACAACAAAAAGCGUGGCAAAAAUACAAAUCAGAAUACAGCCCCUAAUAUCACUGCCACUGACAAAAGUUUUAAGUCAAAGGAUACUAACAAAAAUAAAGAAGUUAAAACUAAAAGGCACAGCUUGCCAAGUUCAUCUUGUAAAAAGAGUACUGGGGAUUCGGACACAGAUUCAUUACAUUUAACUUUACGCGAAAUGAGGAAAUACCUGCAUACUCUUUAUUCCAGUUCCAGUGAUUCAGAAUGUAGAGCUACUAUUAAUAGGAAAAAUAAUCCUAUAGUGAACAAUGUUGGUAUACAUGCGAAACAUUUAGGCAAAGAAGCAAGUUCUGCAGUGUUUUUAAAAGAAAGUAACGAUAUUUCUAGAACAGUUGAAACAAAUAAUAACCAUAGAAAAGCUAAUAAAAAUUCGUUUGGAAUGAACGCCAAAAAUAAGAAACAUAAAGAAAAUAUUCCUAAAGAAGUGAUUGAAAUAGAUAAGAGUGAAAAAGUUGUUAAAAAGAGUAUUUCAACUCAAAAUCAGAAGGUUAAAAUGUCGCCAGUAAGAAUAUUAUCGAUCAAUUUGAAACAGAGCUUUUGUAAUUUAUUUCGUUGGCGAAGACAACCCGUGGUGGAGAAUGCUAGUGAUGUUGAGAAGGUGGGUGACAGCAAGGAGGACUCGCCGCCUGCAGCAGUGCGCCGCGCAUUACCACCCUUGCCGCAGACACCGCACGUGCACGCAGGACCUCGCCGACCUAACAAUGAAGAAGAUACUGUCAUGGAUUUCGCCACUUCUAUACAAAAAGUGAAAGAUUACGGUUGGUAUUGGGGCCCGAUAUCGGUGGAAGCUGCUGAGAAAAUUCUCUCAAACGAACCUGAUGGCUCGUUUAUAGUCCGGGACAGCAGUGAUGACCAUUAUAUUUUCACUCUGACGUUUAAGUUGAAUGGUCUUAGACAUGUAAGGAUUGAACAUGAUCAGGGUAAUUUCUGUUUUGGUGGCUGCACUAUGUUUAAAGCUCAAACCAUAGUAGAAUUCAUAGAGAAUGCAGUAGAGACGUCUCGAAGCGGCCGUUAUUUGUUCUUCUUGAACCUGAGGCCUGUGCUUGGUCCAGUACGAGUUCAACUGCUAUACCCGGUUUCAAGGUUUAAACGUGUGCAGAGUCUUCAGCACAUGUGCAGAUUUGUGAUAUUAAAGUACGUGCGUCGAGACCUCAUCAGUAACCUACCUCUACCUAGGCGUCUCGUAGACUACCUGAGUGCAACUCACUACUACUCGGAGCUUCUCGCCGAUAUGUAA